UCUUCUUCUUCAAAUUCUUUGAUGGCUAAUGUUACUUCAUCUGUGAUGAGGUUGCUAGGUUAUUCAGUAAUGGCUUCAUUUCUUGAUCUUCAAUUACCAGAUCCAACAAGAAAGUUAACAGUCUUCGCACCUACUGAUGCAGUUUUGGAUCCAUUCUCGAUGAAUUUCAGUUCUUCAUCUGUAUUUCAUCGUCAUUUUCUUCCCUGCAAACUCACAGCGCCAGAUAUGCUUAACCUAGUCUUGUAUGGAGAAAUUACAGUGCCGACGCUUUAUGAGGGUUUUACCGUGACAUUCACUGUUGUUGGCGAUGUAUUGUUAGUUAAUGAUGUUCCAUUACUAUAUCCAGACAUUUAUGUUAGUGAUUCCAUUGCUGUUCAUGGUAUUCAACAGAUUCUUACUCUCCCAAUUGGCUCUCUAUUUGAGGAAUUUCAUGGAAAAGAUACUUCUCCUACUCCUAGUCCGUCGAUUACACAGCAGCCUAUUGUUCUUGCCUUUCCUGCAGCACAAACUGUCAUUACAGAUUCAGUGAGCUCGAAGGAUUUUGACUCUAUAAACGGUGGUUUUCAUGGGAAAGAUACUUCUCCUAGUCCUCCUUCUUCGACUACAAAACAACCUAUCGCUGCCGCCGCUGCCAUUCCUGCAGGUCAAACAGUCAUGAUAGAUUCGGAGAGCUCGUCAGAUUCUAACUCUAUGUUCGAUGAUUAUCACGGAAAGAAUGCUAACGACUACGACUGAAUUUCGAGCCUGAAGAUAACUUUUGUGAUUUUAGCAGUUCAGAGCUUUCUUGUUUUUGCUCAUGAAGGCUUGUAUUGAUCAGUUCAAGUUGCUUCUUAUUGAACUUCAUCCAAAUUAAUAACGGUAUGUACGUAUAAUCGUUAGUGAUAGUUUUGUCGAUUUAUUGGUUUCAUUCAAAUCUCCAGAAUAAAAUGAUAAGGGAUGUAGUGAUAAAUCAGUUUAGUAGCCUGUUUGUCAUUGGGGUAAAUCAGUCUAAUGUUGAUACUCUGCUCUCAUUUCUGAUAAAUGAUUAUAAUUGUUCACAAGUUUUAACUACUAUGAAGAAUUCCCAACUUUA